AUGAAAUGCGCGUGCCGGCUGGCGGGCGGCUGUGCGUACGGCGCGCUGCUCGCGCUGGUCCUCCUUGCGCUCGCCGCCGCCGCGCUCGCCCUCGCCCUGGAGGUGCGCCGCGGCGCGCGCUGCUCCGACCUGACGCGCGACCUGGACGCCCUGCGGCGCGACAUGGACGCGCUCCAGGGCCGCGCCGCCGACCACGACGCCCUGCGCCGCGACGUCGACGACCUCAAGCACCGCGUCAUCCAGGAGGACAUCUUCAGCAGGCUACGCGCCUUCGAGGACGAGUCGCCCGCGCCUUGCCGUUGCCGCCCCUGGCGGGUGCACCCACGCACUGGCAACGAGCGCGGAGGCGACGGAUAUGAAAGGCCGCUGGAAAGCGAAGCCACGUUGUCAUUGGCUGCCGCUGCGGGCGACUGUUUGCUCGGAUUGUGUUCCUCGCGUCCUUCGGGGACGGUGAUGAGGUUCACCGAGGAAUGGAUAGCGCGGAGGAGCCCUCGAGAAUAUCGCAUGAAUCAAAAGAGGAUGAAUGGAGAGGAGGCCGUCGAGGCCAAGGGCCUGUUAGAAGGCGGAGGAGAGCGGUCCGAGCAGUGGGGGUUGACCUCUCGUGCUCGAAACCCAGAGGCUGCCAUGUCUCGACCCAGCCCCGGCCCCGGACCCGUCUCCAUUCUUGUUGCUCUCCUUGUCGCCCGUUGUCGACUGGAGCCAGUGACUGUGCAUUUUCAACGGCUUGCACCAGGGAAUUAA